UUACAGGAGGAGAUGUCCCUAUCAGAGUGAACGGCCUUAUAAACCAAUUCAUCCUCCUGUCACCUUCUGUGGAUUCAUCACGUUCUGUACAACAUGUCUACUGGAACUUCCAAACCUACAUAAUGGCAUCUUAUAUAAAUAAUCAGCUUACUGUAAUUGAGGAUACAUUUGAAGGAAGGCUGGAGAUCCUGGAUAAUGGAAGAUCACUGAAGAUUGGAGAGCUGAGACUGGAGGACAGUGGACUGUAUGCUGGAAUUAUAACUUUUACUGACAGAAGUAAAGAUCAGAAAAUCUACAAUCUCACUGUGUAUGACUAUGUUCCUGUUCCAACCAUAGAAGGUGCAGGGAUGAAGAAAGAUGAUGAAUGGUGUAAUGUGACUCUUCGAUGUUCCACCUCAACAAACACAUCAACUCUGUCCUAUAUCUGGAACUACAAAUAUGAAGACACUUGCUCUACAAUGCUGUAUAAUAACACUGGAGACACAAUCCAAAUAUCACUACAGCCCAAGUCCUGGGAUAUGGAGAUUAUAUGUAUAGUACAGAAUCCUGUUGAUCGGAAAAAUGUCUCUGUGCAGAAGAUAUGCCGGGAUUAUGGUGAUAGAAAAACAACAACAAUGAUAGGUAGAGUUCAGGAUUUUUAA